AUGGCUGGUAACUAUGAACAUAUUCAACAAAAUUAUCAAGAAGAUAAUAUGGAUUUUAGCCAAGACGACUUUAGUGUAGGUGUUACUCAUUUUGAUCAAGAGGACACACUUGGGCAUAAACCUGGUGGUAAUCCAAAAACCUGUAACCCCAAGAAUACAAAAAAUAAUUUACCAAUCCUCUCAAAAAAGAAAAAGAUUAAAUACCUUAGACAAUUACACAAGAGCAAGUAUAGGAAAAUUAACAAAAUGAAUACCGUUCAGCCAGGUGCGGGCCCUGGCAAUACAUCAGGCUUGCAGCUACAAAAGGAAGGUCAAGCUAGUACACCAGCACCACAGACAAUUAAAGCUCCAGUUACUGGGACAGCAAUACCGACAUUGCAGAACAGUAGCCAUGUCAACGUUAAAACAAAGAUCAGUCUUAAGCAAGAGAUGAUGAAACAAAGACUCAACUGGAUAAAACCGGAGAAUAAUCAACCUGGUUCCAUUCAAGCUACGACUCCGGGAUUGCCACCAAACAUGGUCGCCGCUCCUGGACCCGUGUCUAAUCUAGCUCCAGCAGUGUUUGAGACCCCGAUACUUCAAGCCAACGUAAGGAGUACAGCCGGUAGUUUCUUCAAGACGUCAGUGCCAACACAGAUACAACAACAACGUAGAAUGUUGGACAAUCUUGGUUAUAAAACUCCAAAAGGAAUCCCGAGAAGUUUUCUCGUGAAGCAAAUACAAACAAAUCAGGAAACGGGUGGGCAACCAACUACUGCCGAUAUGCCAAUAUGGCCAAUAUCCACACAAGCUACAGCAACCAACCAAACGCCACCAACAUUGGCCCAACCCUCAAUAGUGACAAUGCCAGACGAGACGAAUCCAUCCACAUCACCAAUAUUUGAUCAAACGGAGACCGAUACGAUACAACAACCGUAUUCACCUUCUGAUAUUUAUAUGGAGAAUGCUAAUCCUGAACCCGCUGAAGAGACAGAACCAUCAGAAGGGAAUCAGACCAAUCAGAAGCGUUUGAGUGCCUUCCACAGAUUGGGACCAGUCUCUCAACCGAAGAAACCUAAACUUACCAUCAAUUUGAACUUGAAUAAAGAUCAGCCUGUAAGGGAAGUAGUAGACGAUACGGACGAUGACCCCGAUAAAUACACUCCUACGCAUCUCCGUAAAAACAUAAUAGCGAGCACUGACGAAAUAGUCAUGAAGUUCCUCACCUUCUGGCCCUGGAGGAAGAAUGUUGGCAUCAGGAAGAGUGUUACCGCUAGGAAUUCCAGGACCGCCAUGCUGAUCGAACAAGAACAAAUGGAAGAGGCGUAUGAAAAAGAUAAUACCUUCAUUCAAAUUGCGGUAAAAGGAUACCCAUCGUCAUGGACAAAGGAACAAGUAUUGGAUGCUGUACUAGACAGUGUAAAGGAAUAUAGUCUUAUACCCUGCUUUGUUGAGUUCUACCAACACGAAUGCAAGUUCUUAACCCUUCGUACGCGUUCGGCACUCGUAGUCCUACACAAGACCGGCUUCUAUCUACACAAGGACGGGGUCGAAUUGACCGUCACCAUAUCUUUAACUGAUUUAACCCUGAAUCAGAUCGAUUUCAUCCCGAGGAUCAUUUUGAGGAAACGAAUGGCUAUGGGUUACUUGGAGAAGAAACUUAAUGUUAGCGCGUUUACUUUGCAAGAUGAUAUAAGUCACUUCUUAUACUUUCCGCUAAACCGCUUGAGUAACCAGAGAGAGUUCGUUCAACUGCAAAGCGUCAUCGAAUGGGAACAUCUGACUGCGUUAGAUAUCUCACACAAUAGAUUAUCGGACAUAUCAGGCUUUGAUCUCCACAACGUGACACCAAAACUGAAACAUCUGAACUUAUCCCACAACUAUUUAGACAAGAUCACAGUGCUAAUAAACUAUAGGUCGUUACCUCUAAAGUCUAUACAUCUGGAAGGGAACCCGCUAUGUCUGGACUACAUCGAUCCGCAACACUAUAUUAAAGUGCUUCGCAUGAUAUUUCCUGCUAUUACUGAAAUUGACGGCGUACCAAUACACCGUAGUGGCGAAAUGCCAGAGUUCAGAAGGAACUAUUGUCCGGAUGAAGCUAAGCCGAUUGUAGAGAAGUUUCUAGAAAUAUACUUUCCUUUGUUAGACGCUGGCCCGGAACAUAGGUCAUUGAUGCAGGGAAUGUAUGAAGAUGAUGCUACACUCACUAUUACGUAUUGUUAUAAAUUACGCUACAGCCAAACAUACAGACAAUUUAGAAACCUAUUCCUCUACGCUCGGUUUCUUGAUGAAGGCGAGGUGGACUCGGUGACUGGCGCCAUGGCUAUCACCAAGCUGGUGAACAGAUGGCCACAGACUGAACAUGAUCCCUACUCGUUUAGUGUCGAUGUUAUAACUCAUACGCCAUCAACAACAAUACUCCGAGUGAGCGGCAUGUUGAAACUGUCAGCAGAGACGGUAGCUGAUGAUGAGCACCUUCUAGCGUUCUCAAGGACAGUAGUCCUAAAUUGCGAGGACGGGGAUGAGUAUAAGAUACAUAAUGAAAUGGUCUACUGGGACGAACCGACUGCUGCAUCUGCCCGGUCUGCCUUCAGAGUCAAUAAUGGUCUAAAUAAGCAAAUAAAUCUAAAAAUAGAAUCAACAACUGAUAACGAUCUGCGGAAUAAAUACCUUCAAAUCUUUAUGAAAUUUACAACAAUGGAUAAAAAAAUUAGUGAAAGGUGUUUAGAAAAAAAUGAUUGGAAUUUUAAACUCGCCCUUGAGCAUUUUACAAAACUAUUGAAGAGCAACAAUUUGGGAUCAUUAACACAGGAAGAACAAACUACUACCAACUAA